UCCACUGUAUGAGCUCCAUUUUGUCUUUGUACUCACAAGACUUUAGCCUAAGACUCCAUGGAAAUCCAUGAGCAGUGCUUCGUUUCUCCUUCCCCAUCUCCACCAAACUUCUCUCUCCCAUUAACCUUCUUUGAUCUUAAUUGGCUAAGGUUUCAUCCAGUUGAGCGAAUCUUCUUCUACCCACUUCCCCUUCUUCAUUCCAACCCUUCUUUUUUCUUUCACAAAGUGCUUCCAAAUCUCAAAACUUCACUUUCUCAUACCCUUCAGCACUUCCCGCUUUUAGCCGGAAACAUCAUUUGGCCUUCUCAUUCAGCCAAACCCUUCAUCCAAUUCAACCCUGGUGAUGGCGUGUUAUUGGUCCUAGCAAAGUGUAACGAUGAUGCAAAAUUUAAUCACCUUUUGGACAAUUCGCCUCGUGAUGCCUCCGAAUCUCGCUCUUUGUUACCCCACUUGGAAUCAUCAGAUUCUCAUGCCUCAGUUAUGUCUUUGCAGAUAACGUUUUUUCCAAACAAGGGCUUUUCCAUAGGCAUCAACUCUCACCAUGCUGUUCUUGAUGGAAAAUCGUCAACCAUGUUUGUCAAGGCUUGGGCUUAUGCAUGUAAAUCAUGCGAAGAGGAAUCUCCGCUAUCUCUGAAGCCGGAGUUAGAGCCUUUAUUUGAUAGGGAUUUGAUCAAAGAUCCAACUUGUCUUGAAACUGCCAUCAUCAAUAACUGGACCCUAAUGGCAACUCAAAUAGACCCUUCUGAUACAAGCAACGGCCGAAGCUUAAAGAUUAUGUCACUACCAACCCGGGCAAACCUAGUUCGAGCCAUGUUUGAUCUCAAACGAGGAGAUUUGGAGAAGAUAAAGAAAAGGGUGUUGUCGAAGUGGGAGUUGGUGGAGGAGGAAACAUUUUCAGCUUUUUCAAAACCAACCACUUUGUCUACCUUUGUCGCUUGUUGUGCUUAUGUGUCUGUCUGCAUUGCUAAAGCCACUCAUGGAGCUGAAAAUGCAGAUAAAUUUUGUCUAGCGUUCACUGCUGAUUGCAGGGCUCGGUUAGAACAUCCAAUCCCUGAGAACUACUUUGGAAAUUGUGUGGUUUCACAUAUAGUGGAUACACAGCCUGAUGACUUUAUAAAAGAGGAUGGAGUGGUUGUUGUUGCCAAGAGGAUUUGGAGUAAAACAAAAAUGUUGGAGAAGAGACUUAUUGAAGGAAUAGAUACAGUAAUUCCUAGGUUUGGAGCUAUGUUAAGAGAGGGAGUUAAGGGAAUUAGUGUUUCUGGGUCCAACCGAUUUGGUGUUUAUGAAAGUGAUUUUGGUUGGGGAAGGCCUGCCAAGGUGGAGAUAACAUCCAUAGAUAGAGGUUUAACCAUUGGUUUGGCAGAAAGCAAAGAUGAGAAAGGUGGUGUUGAAGUUGGGCUAGCUCUGAACAAACAUGCCAUGGAUCUGUUUCAAGCAAUUUUUUAUGAAGGGUUAUGCAUCGACUAAGGUGUCAAUCCAUAUUAUCGAAGAGAAGUGUAUGAAGUUUUUAAUAUUAUAAAUAAUAAUUAGUGUUGAUUUAAGCUCUAAAUGAAAUAUUUGUUCCAGUGAUAUGGUUUUAUGUUUAAUAGAAACAUUUUACAUCAAGAUA